AUGAGAGGCGUGCUGAUAUUUAACCAGCUCAAUGACGUGUUGUUUACAAAAUGCGACAAAGAGUUCGCGGACCACAUCCGGAAAUUGGCGGAGAUGCAAGGGCUUCUCGAGAAUGAGGAUACAAAAGAUUCAACGCCCAGUCCCAAUGUGAUGAUGCAACUGUUCUCACCUAUCGUUACCUCUCAACGUGUAAUGACCUCGCAAUUUGGUAAUUCCUAUACCUCUAUGAAGUGUCAGGAUGGCACCAAUAUGGUGUUCGACGAGUACAUCGGUUAUACCUUUGUGUACAUUGCGACGGAGGAGAUAGAGCUGAUGAGGCGUACAGCGGGAGUAUGCGUGUCCAUUGUGAGACACGUCUGUGGUCCGGAUAUUAUGGUAUUGAGGACCAACCGGCAGAAGGCCUGUCUGGUAUCCUCGCUGCUGGAUGCUUGGUGUCAUUUGAGAGACAACGAACAGAGUGUAUUGACGGAGGCAGUGGAGCAGCUGUCCGUUAAUUCGGAAGUCGCUUCCUCGAUUCUCAAAGUUCUGCACGAUGCCUGCGACAAGCUGAGAACACAGUUCGCCAACCUGCAUAUGUUGAUUCUCGUAGGCGCCAAGUUCUUGUCGCUGUACUCUAGCAAACAUGCUCACGAUCUAUGCGCCUCGGAUAUCUUGUUGAUCAUUUUGCUGUGCUGGGUGGUGAAUAACAAGCGAAACGAUCGAUCGGAGGAGCAGCCCCAUUGCAGAAACGAAAAGACCAAACCAACAUUCGGGGCCAAGUUAGCCAAUCCCACUUCGGAGGAUAUUACGGAUCUUUUCGGAGGCUCCCGAGAAUCUUCCAUUAUCGAGGGUUUGUCAUCCUUGUCCGACGACGGUCUCUAUAGCCAGUCGUUGUUGCUCGGCGGUCAGCACGAUCACACGGCCAACGCGGUUCACGUGUUUGAGUUAUCAGACUCUGUUCAUCUGAUAACGAUUGUCGAGUCGACAAACGUAGCCACUUCGUCCGGAUUGUGCGACAGUUUCCGCUAUUUAAAUCUUGCGAGUAGCCUACAGCUGCAGCGGGACUUGGACGAGCUUAAAUCAGCUGUCGACAAUUUGGAUACAGCGAUUAAGAAGCUGUUGGAGGGAAUUAGGAAGAAUCGUUCUAAUAUCGGCAACGACGUGGACAUGUGUCAGAAACGAUUGCAGACCAAGUGGGAUUUCUUAAGACGGAAAUACGGCGAUCUGCUGCGCACCCGUGAUCCCGAAGCGGUCUUGCAAAUUGAAGCCAACACUUCCGGUCUCGCGGAGACACUGAGGGAAUUAUUGCGAUUAACUUGCUUUGACAGGAACUUCUUGAAACAUGGUUUAGACGUUCUCACGACAGUCGGGAGGCUCGUCCGGCAGAAACUCAACGAUUUUAACGAUUUCUUGAAGGUUAAGGCGUUGAAAAAUUUCACGUUGGGAUCGACAACUUCCCUAACUAUCAACAAGUAUCUCGAGGAGUUCCCUGGUCUGGUGCAUUUCAUUUACAUCGACAGGACGACUCACAGGCUUGUAGCGCCCACAUUGGACUUUACCAGUCCGGAAACUCUCGCCCUCACGACGAAAAAGAUUUGGGACAUGGUCGAGCAAAGCAGAAUACAUUUGCAAGAGGGCCAUCUGUCAGUUAUGUGGAAGGAUACCAUUUUCAAUUAUUCUUACUUCUUGUGGUUUGAGGACAGUUCGGGAUGGUCACCACCAAAGUGUAAAGUUUACCUCAACCAUGUAAUGAAGAAUUUCCCGGUGCCCGGUAUAUUAUGCGGAGAUUAUUACAGGAAAUUAACCGAGACUUGCUUCCCCAAAGUCUCGCCUAGUAAAGUUCGUAUCCACGAGCUGUAUUGCGUGCACUUGGGCUUGGCAACGUCAACCUGCGUUCUGGAACACUCGCGGCGAUUAGCGGCCACUAUCUGGGAAGUCAUCGGGGUGCCGAGCAACCUUGCCGACAUAUUCUAAAAUCGAUCUUUCUCCUUGAAAACGAGAUGACAAGAAUAUUUCUCAUAUCAUUUAAACCUCGUCAUAUCCAGGACUGUACUAUUGUCGGAAAGUUUAGACAAGCGACAGCCAAACGAGAGGUUUUCUAUAAUUUAUUAGUAUUAAAAACUGACAUUUUCAAUUAUGCAUGUACAUAUUAUGUAUACAGAUAUAUAUAUAUAUAUAUAUAUUUGUUCUAUUUAUUUAUCAAUGUAACAUUAUUUAAUGUGUAUUAUAUAAUUUAUUUACCUGUGGAUGUACGUUUAAAGCUUCUUCAGAAAUUCGUUCCUCUUGCAUCUUUCUAAAUUUUCCGGCAAUAAUGUCCUGAAAACAAAUUUUUUUCGAGAGAACACUCCGGAAAAAGAACCGAGAAACUGGUAGCUGUGUUCAACCGACGUUCUCGUACUUUGCGUCGCAAUUUCUUCUACUUCACAUAAUCGUCGCACUACUUUUAUAUGCUAUUCAAUAUACAAAUAUUUAAUUAGAUGGUCAGACAGCUGUCAAAAUGUACAAAAUAAUAUCCACAGUUAUUUAGCCUGCGACUCUCUCUUAUUCCAAUAUUUAUCGUACGUUAGAAAGAAUACUUUUAAGUUUUCUGCAUGCAAGUACCAUCUUUGCAGAGGUUUCUUUUUACAUCACUGUUCUGUCUUUACAAAUGAAUGAAAAAAAAAAAAAAAACGCGCUUACGCAUAAACACACGCGUUAACAUUUUGAGAAGAGAAACAUCACUCUAUGAUGUUCGAGGAUGAUGAAUAUUAUUUAUUUUCUUGUGAUUUCUUUCUCUUAGAAGUUUCUCAAGGGGGCACGAAGAAUCAAUAGUUAAAUGAGUUUUAUUAUUGUGCAGCAGUAAGUCAAUAUUGGUUAAUUAAAUUCUCAUUCAAGAGUAUAAGGUGUCAAUCAUUUUUAUUUAUACAACACACGGGACAAAGUAACAAUGACGAAAUCGCUCUUUAUUUACAAAGUAUCUCCCAUUGCUGUAUAUUAACUAAAAAUUUACACACACGUCAUGUUGUAAAAAAAAAAAAAA